AAGAAAACUCAUCCUAGACUUUUGAGUGAAUCCAAUUCCCUAGCAGUAUAACAAUCAUCUCCUUCUCCUUCACCAACUUUUGAACAAAAAUGUCUUGCAGCUGUGGCUCAAACUGCUCCUGCGGCAGUGACUGCAAAUGUGGAAAAAAAUACCCUGACCUUGAAUACUCAGAGACCACUUCUACUCAGACCAUCAUUGCUGGGGUUGCACCUGUGAAGAUGUACUAUGAGGGUUCUGAGAUGAGCUAUGGAGCAGAGAAUGACUGCAAGUGUGGCUCAAACUGCAGCUGCAGCUCAUGCAGCUGCAACAAAUGAUCAUAGCUAGACGAGGUCAAGUAAAAGCUGUGAUGGUGGUUUCUAUAAAUAAGAAAAGACUGUAAAAGUUGAAUAUGAAAGUUGGGUUUUAGUGCUUGCUGUAAAAUAAUAAGAUUGCCAUUUGAUCUGCAAAUCCAUGAUCUCUCCUAGCUAGAAGCUAGGGUUUGUGAUUUGCUUUGUGGCUUGUGGCUACCUUUGUAUGUUAGAUCUUUCUGAAGUAUAUGUGUUUGUUGUUCUGGUUUCUUC